AAUCUUAUGUGGAAGACAGGAAUAGCGAAAAAGAAACAAUGCUCUCUCAUGCAUACAUAAUUUAUAUCUAUAUAUGUUGCAGAAAGUACUCCUCCUUCUUAUUAACUCUCUGCAACACACUAUAAAGAAAUAAGAAAGAAAACUUCUGUCGUCCCUUAAACUUCUCUACUUUUGAGAUCUCUCUCGCCGCCUUUUUUGCAAUUUUCUGUCAAUUCUUGGAAAUGAACAAAUAUUAAACCCCCAGCUGCCUAUAUAUCCCUUGCUUUCUUUGGGUUGUGUUUUUCCAUAGUCUGAGAUCUGGGUUCGAGAAAAAGACUUGUCGAAACAAGAUCUGCUGGAAUAUUAGGCUUCUCUUUAUUGUAAAAAAAUCGAAGAAAAUGUUGCAUCAGAAGCAAGCAGAAGAAGCUAUUGUCACUACCUUCAACGAGACUGAACACGACGGCGUUGGUGGCAAGGAUGAGGAGCAGCCCAUUUUCAGUGUCAAGAGCUUCCUCUGGCACGGCGGCUCAGUCUAUGAUGCUUGGUUUAGUUGUGCUUCAAAUCAAGUAGCUCAAGUUCUAUUAACAUUGCCAUAUUCAUUCUCUCAACUGGGAAUGCUAUCUGGAAUUUUGCUUCAAAUAUUCUAUGGCAUAAUGGGUAGUUGGACAGCCUACCUCAUUAGUGUUCUCUACGUCGAAUAUCGAAGUCGAAAGGAGAAAGAAGGUGUAAGCUUCAAGAAUCAUGUCAUUCAGUGGUUUGAAGUGUUGGAUGGAUUAUUGGGUCCUUAUUGGAAAGCAGUGGGUUUGGCCUUCAACUGUACUUUUCUACUCUUUGGAUCUGUCAUCCAACUCAUAGCUUGUGCAAGUAAUAUAUAUUACAUAAAUGAUCGAUUGGACAAGAGGACAUGGACUUACAUAUUUGGAGCAUGCUGUGCCACUACAGUUUUCAUUCCCUCUUUUCACAAUUACAGAAUAUGGUCUUUUCUAGGUCUUGGAAUGACAACAUAUACGGCUUGGUACAUGACCAUCGCGGCCUUUGUUCACGGCCAGGUUGAAGAUGUGCAACACUCUGCUCCAACAAACCUAGUUCUAUACUUCACCGGCGCCACCAAUAUUCUAUACACCUUCGGUGGACAUGCUGUUACUGUGGAAAUUAUGCAUGCAAUGUGGAAACCUCAAAAGUUCAAGUAUAUUUACCUAUUGGCUACAUUAUAUGUUUUCACUCUAACUUUGCCAUCGGCUUCCGCCGUCUACUGGGCUUUCGGCGAUCAGCUCCUUAACCACUCCAACGCCUUCUCACUCCUCCCAAAAAAUGGUUGGCGCGAUGCUGCCGUUAUUCUUAUGCUCAUUCACCAGUUUAUUACAUUUGGAUUUGCUUGCACACCAUUGUACUUUGUGUGGGAGAAGGUGAUAGGAAUGCAUGACACAAAAAGCAUAUGUUUGAGGGCAGUUGCAAGGCUGCCAAUAGUGAUUCCAAUCUGGUUUUUGGCCAUUAUUUUCCCAUUUUUUGGCCCCAUAAACUCUGCAGUUGGAGCACUUCUAGUGAGUUUCACAGUCUACAUUAUCCCAUCUCUUGCCCAUAUGCUUACUUACCGAAAGGCCGCUGCUCGUCAGAAUGCUGCAGAAAAGCCUCCAUUUUUCAUGCCAAGCUGGACAGCCAUGUAUGCAUUGAACAUAUUUGUGGUUGGUUGGGUUUUGGUGGUCGGGUUCGGGUUUGGAGGAUGGGCAAGCGUGACAAAUUUUGUCAAACAAGUCGACACAUUUGGGCUCUUUGCUAAAUGUUAUCAGUGCAAGUCUCCAACACUAGCGCAUCAAACUCCGGUAGCACCCCACCACUAAGGACUUACACGGAGCUAGUGACAAACCACCACCAUCUAGGGAGUCACAUAUCUUCGAAAUUUACCAAUCAACACUUUCCUUUCAUCCUUCUCUCUCUCUCUCUCUCUCUCCAUAGUUUGUAGUAUACAAGGGGAGAUAGCAAUAUUUUCCUAAAACGUGAGGUGUGUUUAUCUUUUCUUUUUCGAAUAGUUUUACAAUUUUCUUGAAAUACUAGAUGAGAUAGUUUUGAAUUGUGGUGAUUCCUUUGCUGUCAAAGCAUAGGCUUAUUUAGUCAAUAUAAGUUAGAUCUUUUCCAAAGUUUUCCUUUGCUUAGAUUGAAUAUAAUAUUGUAACAUAAGACAAGUUGUGGUUGAUAUUGUUGCUAGCAAAUUGUAAUGUCAUUGUUAUUUUCUAUGUUUUUAAA